CUUGCGGCUCCGGAGCCGCGGGUUGCCGACCCCUGGUAUAGUAUUGCCCCUAUACUAGCGGCUUGUUGCUCCAUGUGUCACGUGGAAACGCAGGUUGACACGCAGAUGUUGUGGCGCGCGGACGGAACUGCAGCCGGCGCAGUGACAACAAUGCAUUUUCAGACGACAUUGUGAUAGGACGUAUCGAAGGGUGGAGAGACGGUGAGCACAUUUCAGACCCAUAUUAAGUUCUCCUCCCGUUCGGAUCGACAGCUACAAGCACAAUGAGCGGCUCUAGAGGUUUCCUCCGACUGCAGCGUUAUUAUUCCAGCGGACUGAGAGUCACGUAUCACAGAACACUGCACAGAAUCGAGCUCAUGCUUCCGCCUAAACUGAGACCUCUGUACAACCAUCCAGCAGGACCAAAGACAGUUUUCUUCUGGGCCCCUGUUUUUAAAUGGGGCUUGGUUUUUGCUGGUUUUUCUGAUAUGACACGUCCACCAGAAAAGCUGAGUUUAUCUCAGUCGUGUGUCAUCACAGCCACAGGCUUCAUUUGGUCACGCUACUGCCUGGUGAUCGUUCCCAGAAUCUGGGCACUCUUUGCAGUAAACUUCUUCUUGGGCUUAUGUGGAAGCAUCCAGCUUCUGAGAAUCUGGAAAGAUGAAUCUCUCAGUCAUAGGUACAAUCAGCAGUUAAAGCAGAAAGAAGAUGAAGUGCAACGGUCCUGAAGCUGAAAGGAACAGGAUUUACUGGAUGCCAAAAUGGAUUAAAUGAAACAGCGUGAAAUGUUAAAUGAAUAGAGAAUUGUAACAAUAAAUGUUAUUUAAUUGUUUCAGUUUCUUACUGCAAAUAUCACAAGCAUGGAGAACUGCACCAUUCAUUUUAUGUUCUAGGUAAUGACUGCUGAAAUAAGACUGAAUAUUUACAGUAUAGCAACUACAUGUUCUCAUAAAUUAGAAUUUUUAUAAUCAAAUAUUGCAAUGAUCUGAAUUUUCAAACAUUGUAAAUGUGGUCAUAAAUUUCAUUGAACUCUGGCUCUCAGGAACACAUUUUGUAACCACAUAUAAAAGGUUCCUUUUAACACAGUAAUAAAAUUUCUGACUGUCACAAA